GUCAAUCUCAAUAUUCUCCGGCACAUUUUGGUUCAACAAAUAGCAGGCAUUUAUUUUUGAUCAACCAAGUAAAAUGCAACUUCGAGUACCUUACUAAAUAAAUUCAAAUAAGUAAAACCCGCGACCAAGUCAGUAGAAAACAAUAAUAAUGCAGUUGGGCUCAAAGCUGCACGUGUACAAGGGCGAGUGGGGGCUGCCCUCCAUUGAUUUCGAGUGCGUGAGAGCCUUGUGCUUGCUGCGCUUCACUCGCUGCCCCAUGGAGAUAGAGACAAAUGCCAAUCCACUGCGUUCUGGCGCCGGAAAGCUGCCCUACUUGCAUAUAGGCACUGAGAAAUUUACGGGCUACAGAGAGAUCAAACGUGUAUUGGAUGCUGAGGGCUAUCCAAUAGACGCGCAUUUAAAUACCAAACAAAAGAUUCUCUCCAGCACAUAUAGUAAUUGGGUAUUCACGCAUCUGCAUGCUUACUAUCACUACUUCCUGUACGGUGAUCCCAACAACUAUGAUACGACCACGCGCGGCUUGUAUGCCAAACGUACGCCGUUUCCAUUUAAUUUCUACUAUCCGUCAACGUAUCAGCGGGAAGCCUGUGAUGUGGUGCAGGUGCUGGGUGGCUUCGAUAUAAAUGACAAACUCGAAAAGCAUGAUACUGAUUAUCUGGUGAUGAAUGCCAAACAGUGCGUCAACUUGCUGUCUCGUAAACUGGGUCGCAAGGUUUGGUUCUUCGGGGAUACGUACAGCGAAUUGGAUGCCAUUGUCUAUAGCUAUUUGGCCAUAAUCUACAAAAUAACACUGCCACACAAUCCUCUGCAGAAUCACAUAAAAGGCUGUCAAAAUCUAGUGAAUUUCAUCAAUCGCAUCACUAAGGACAUAUUUCGCAAUGAGUGCUAUAGCUCUAUAAAACUAACGAAAGGUUCAAGUGGCACCGACAGUACACUAACGCCCUCAGAGCGUAAAUUUCUAGAAACUGAGCUAAAUACCAAAAUUGUAGCAGGCGUGGGCGCUCUGAUGGCAAUGGGCGCAUUUGCUGCAUGGCGCGGCGUUUAUAAUCAGCUUACAAUACGCUCGUCUGCAGAUUUUGAUGGCAUUGAAGAUGAUGAGCUUGAAGAGGUCAUGGAUUAGUUUAUGCUCCGUCUAUGUGUA